CAGGCCGCAGGUGGCAGCAGAGCGUCAAACAAGUGCAUCGCUGCAGAAGAACAAGAGUCAAGGCAUCGCUUCAGGGACGUCUGCUGGUGAAGUGGUGUCAAAACAGGACUAUGUGUGUGUGUGUGUGUGUGUGUGAGUGAGUGAGUGUGUGUGUGUAUGUGUGAAAGCUGUAACGCUGUGCUGAUGGAGCAGUGUGGUUUUGUGGAACGAGAGCUGGAGAAGGUGCUACACAGGUUCGUCACAUAUGGACAUCAGUCAGAGGAAAGGCUGGAUGAACUCCUGAGGAACGUCUGUGAGCUGAGAAGUCAAUUGGUUGCCUAUGGUGUUCAAGAUGCAGAUUUGUCAGUGCUCCAUCAAACAAUGGCCAAGUGCUGCAAGGAAAUCAAAGAAACCGUGCAGAUGCUUGCCUCCAGGCACAAGGACAUCCAUGGCAGUGUGUCAAAAGUGGGCAAAGCAAUUGACAGAAAUUUUGAUGCGGAGGUAAGUGCAGUUGUAACUGAGAAUGUCUGGGACUCUCAAGAGAGGCAGAAAUAUCUCAGUGAAACCAUCGUUGAACAUCUUUAUCGACAAGGCAUGCUGAGUGUUGCAGAGGAUCUCUGUCAGGAGUCUGGUGUAGUAAUCGACAUGAGCAUGAAACAGCCAUUUCUGGAGCUCAACCGCAUUUUAGAGGCUUUAAGAACACAAGAUCUCAGACCAGCUUUAGAGUGGGCGGUGACAAACCGUCAGCGGCUGCUGGAUCUAAACAGCACCCUUGAGUUCAAGCUCCACAGACUCUACUUCAUCAGCCUGCUCAACGGGGGCAUCAGCAAACAGCAGGAAGCUUUACAGUACGCACGGCAUUUCCAACCGUUUGCCUCGCAGCAUCACAGAGAUAUUCAGAUCUUAAUGGGUAGUUUAGUGUACCUCCGCCACGGGAUCGAGAACUCUCCGUACCGCAGUCUGCUGGAGACGGAUCAGUGGGCAGAGAUCUGUAACAUCUUCACACGAGAUGCUUGCUCUCUUCUUGGACUCUCUGUGGAGUCCCCACUCAGUGUCAGUUUUGCGUCCGGCUGUAUGGCGCUGCCAGUGCUCAUGAACAUCAAACAGGUUAUUGAACAGAGACAGUGCAGUGGUGUUUGGACGCAUAAGGAUGAGCUGCCAAUUGAAAUAGAUCUGGGGAAGAACUGCUGGUAUCACUCUGUGUUUGCCUGUCCUAUCCUGAGGCAGCAGACAUCAGAGAGCAAUCCACCCAUGAAGCUCAUCUGUGGGCAUGUCAUAUCCAGAGACGCGCUUAACAAACUCACCAAUGCUGGAAAGCUUAAAUGCCCAUAUUGUCCAAUGGAGCAGAAUCCCUCCGAUGCCAAACAGGUCUUCUUCUGAUGUCUUUUUUCGGAGCGUAGCUGAAAGUCGUGUUAAAGGCUUUUUGGAGCCGCUUUUCGAAUGAUCCUCAUUCACAGGCAUGACAAGCCUUCUGUGGCGGCUUCUCCCCGCAACGCAAACACUUCCCUUUCCAAAGCUUUUAGUUUACAGAGGCAAUGGCCACGGCUACAUACCUGUAGAACCUGAGGCAGUACCUAACGAGGAAAACGAUCUUUGUGGAUCAUUCGUUUGUUAACAGCCUAGUAUGAAUAGGCUUUUACAAGAACGUGUGUGUGUUCGCAUUUCGCUUCCUCUCCAUUUGUUUUAAUUGCCGAGUAUUUUUGUAAGUUUCCAUGGUAUAACGCCUCUCUUUUUCUUUCUUUGUGACUCUUAUUAAGCAAAUGGGCGUGAUGCAUCUGUGUGGGUGACUUCUUGCCGGAAUAUAUUCAUGGUUUCCUCUUUUGAGAUCACAUUUAAAUACAUGAAUGGGGAUUCUUCACACGUGUACAUGGUAGAAAGGGCUUUUCAGUGUGUAUAUUAAGAGUGACAUAAGGAUUCGUGGAUUUUAAAUGAAUCGCGUCUCUCUUUCCAGUAUAGUAAAGGCGUAAUUGGAUCGAAUGGCGUUUUAGUUUGAUGUGUGUUAGUGUGAAUAUUCAUAAUCUGAAAUCUGAGGAUUUGUUUGUGCAGAUUGUGUUCUUGUUCCUUGCACCCAUCUGAUGUCUGAGAAAACCUCCUUGUCCAAGCCAUGUGUCUUGCUCUGUGUAUUUAAAAAAAUAAAAUAAUAAUGUUUCAUUAAUAUACAGCAGUGAUUUGUGAUGGUAUAACUUUUCAUUAGUAUUAUUACAUAUGUAAUGUAUUUAAAUGCACAAACAAACUGUUUUAUCAUGGAGUUGAAUGGACUUGCAGCUCCAGGCUUCUCCACUUCCAUAAUCAAAACGGGUCUAUGUGUUGAUUCGAGAAAUGCAUUAAUACAUUAAUGUACAGUUGAUGGUAGACUGACUGUGUUUUAAUGUUCCCAAUCAAGACAAGAGUUUCCAGGUGUUUCCCAUCAUCCCUGAACGUAAAAGCUCACCCUGUUUAUAUGUGUAUAGGUGAUGGGAGACGGUCGAAUAAUAUUUUGUCCAUCAGGAUGUUCUUUAAAUCCUCCCUGGCUCUUUGACUUUCUUGAAGGUCGGGCAUGUACCAGCAUAGCUUCGUUCUUGGGCGAAUGAUGUCUGAUUUUAUUUUUUUGCCGUCAUCUUGUUUAAUACCUUCAAGAGGCGUGUAGUAGUGCUGUGUGGCCAGUGACGUGCUGAUAAUAAACAUUGUCUGUUUUUUCUUUUAGUAGACAAUCAUUUAUUACCUCCUGGAAAUCAAUCUGUAAGAUCAAAGCAGAGUACUGUGGGUUAAAACAUGGGUUUAAGGAAGUGCUUUUUUGUUUUAGUUUUCAUUCAGUGAUUGAGUAAUGACUCUGCUUUCUCUGCUAACAUCUGCAAGGCAACUAUUGUAAAUAUUGAUCUUCAAAAAGUACAAUAUGUUUGCAUCUAAAAAAUAAAAAGAUUUGUACUCAAA